AUGGAAGGUGUGAAGCUACAAAAAGAUCCAUAUUUUCAUAAGCAAGAAGAGUCAUUUCAAAGGCAUUCGAUAAAAUUAAAACGAUACAGAGAAGAUUCUAUAGCAGAAAAUUCAGCUGAGGAAUCUUUAUCUGGCGAUGAUGAAAUAACUGAAGUUAACAUGCCAUUACCAAGAAAAUUAAGUAAAAAGGGAGCAAAGAAGAGAGUAAUUUCAGUGCCAAUUAAAGAUUGUGAUAUAUCAAGAAGUAAUUAUAAAGGGGAUGUUUAUCCUCCAUCUGAUUCUUGUACUUGGAGGAAGUAUGGCCAAAAACCAAUUAAAGGAUCACCUUAUCCCAGGGGUUAUUAUCGAUGUAGUAGUUCAAAAGGUUGUCCAGCAAAAAAACAAGUAGAGCGUUGCCACCAUGACCCCAAUGUACUCAUUAUCACCUACUCCUCCCACCACAACCACCCUCUUACGGCGGCCGCCACCAAACACCGCCACCUGACCACCACUUCUACCACCACAAACACCGAUCAAUCGGCCGUCUUCACCUACCAACCCGAAAACGACUUCAUCAUGGCCGAGGUCUGUGCCGGAGAGUUAUUAGGUUGUUUCUCCUAUGUGGGGCCCACAUUGUUAGAAUAUUGUACUUCGCCGACGAUGGUGGGGUCCACUUGGGUUGAUGAUGAUGUGGCAUUCAUGUUGCCGAUCGGCGAGGAGGACCAAUCAUUGUUCGGUGAUCUCGGUGAGUUACCGGAAUGUUCGAUGGUUUUUCGACGUUAUAAUCGUAGUGUCGAUAGUAUAUGA